AUGGCGUCAAAUAAACCAAGUGCAUGCUGCUUAAAUGUUGUCUACCAUGAAGGUGAAGCAAAGGGUCAAUUUAAAGAAAUUGCUGGAUUAGAUUCUUACCAAACAGGUGAAAAGUUCGGUGAUGAAGAGAUUAUUGUUAUCUUAACAGAUAUUUAUGGAUAUAAAUUACCUAAUGUUGCAUUGAUUGCCGACCAAUUAUCAGAAAUGAGCUGUCGUCAAGUGGUAGUUCCAGAUAUGUUAAUGGGUGAUCCAGUUAAAUCGUUUGACGAAUUCCCAACUUGGAUCCAGAAGCAUUCCCCCGAGAUCACCAGAUCAAUCGUGGACGGGUUUUUGGCUCAAUUAACUAAGGAGAAGUCACCAAAAUCACUUUUUGGUGUUGGGUACUGUUUUGGUACUAAAUUUUGUAUACAAAACUUGAGCAAGGACGGAUAUUUUACUGCUGCUGCUGUGGCCCACCCUUCGUUCGUCACGAUCGAAGAAGUUGAUGCCGUUACUAAGCCGAUAUUGAUUUCUGCUGCAGAAACUGAUAGCAUUUUCACAGAAGAAUUGAGAAAUAAGACAAUUGAAACAUUGGCUGCUAACAAGGCUACGUACCAAUAUGACUUAUUCCUGGGUGUAUCUCACGGUUUCGCCGUCAAGGGAGACCUUAGUAUUCCGCAAGUGAAGUAUGCUAAGGAGAAGGUUCUUAUUGACCAGGUUUACUUCUUCUCUCAAUUCUAG